AUGAGCGCAGAAAAACCUAUUGUUAAAAGCAUGCCAACUCAAGCUUUUGUACUCAGUUAUGUCCUAGAGAUCUUGGAAGCUGAUACAACGUCUUUCAUAUCCACUCGAAAUCAAUCCAAAGUCAUCCAGCGCAAAAAAAGGUUAGGCGUAUUGAUUGAUGCCUUUGAAGACAAUCGUGCUGAGGGGCGACCAUCUCAUCCGAUUCCCACGUCCUUUGCGCCACAAAUCAAUCGAAUUGAUCUUCACUCUUCAACUACUUGGAUCAUUGGCAACAAUCCAUUGAGCCUUUCCUGUAACUACGUCUCCAUCCAACAAGUCUUCAAAAUGUUUUCUCACAGUGAGAAAGAAGUUUUGUUGAUAUUUUCGAUCAUUGCUAUUCUGACUAGUGAUCAACGCCCAUCGCGACGUCACAGGCGCAAAGCCGAGUUCUUGUCACUAACAGCAAAGAUCGCGGCUGUUUUAUCAGCAGCAAAGGAAGGAAGACCUAUGAAAAAUAUACGAGUCUUAACACUCGUCAUCCAGGAGCCAAGGAACCCAAAUCCUCUUCAAGGAACAUCUAGUUCAAUUGUUGAAUCUGCAACUGGUCUGUAG